GGGGCGCAGAUGGCGCAGUACGAGCCGGUGGCGCGGAUCGGGGGCGGCGCGUCCGGGACGGUGUUCAAGGCGCGCGACCGGCGCAGCGGCCGCGUGGUGGCGCUCAAGAGCGUGCGCGUGGCGCGCGCGCGGGACGGGCUCCCGCUCAGCGCCGUGCGCGAGGUGGCGCUGCUGCGGCGCCUGCAGCACUUCCGGCACCCCAACGUCGUGCGGCUCAUGGACGUCUGCGCCACCUCCCGCUCGGAGCGCGAGACCAAAGUGACGCUGGUGUUCGAGCACGUGGAGCAGGACCUGAAAACCUUCCUGGACAGGGCGCCCGCGCACGGGCUGCCCCCCGACACCGUCCGGGAGCUGCUGCGGCAGUGCCUGCGCGGGCUGGACUUCCUGCACUCGCACUGCAUCGUGCACCGCGACCUGAAGCCCGAGAACAUCCUGGUGACCAGCGGCGGGCGGCUCAAGCUGGCCGACUUCGGGCUGGCCCGCGUCUACAGCGGCCACGCCGCCCUCACCCCCGGGGUGGUGACCCUGUGGUACCGCGCCCCUGAGGUGCUGCUGCAGUCGACCUACGCGACCCCCGUGGACGUGUGGAGCGUGGGCUGCAUCUUCGCCGAGAUGUCCCGCAGGAAGCCCCUUUUCUGCGGGAACUCGGAGGCCGAUCAGCUGGGGAAGAUAUUUGACCUGCUGGGGCUCCCCCUGGAGGACGAGUGGCCCCGCGACGUCGCCCUCCCCCGCGGAGCCUUCGCCCCCCGGCCCCCCCAGCCCGCGCAGGGGUUCGUCCCCGACAUGGAGCCCCUGGGGACACAGCUGCUGCUGGAGAUGUUGACCUUUGACCCCUACAAGCGCAUCUCCGCGUUCAACGCCCUGCAGCACCUGUACCUGCAGGAGCGGGGGGGGGAGCAGGGGUAGGGACCCCCCAGCUCCCAGGACACACACCCCGCGGGGGGGCACCCACACCCCCCCGGGGUUGCAGACAUGGGGGGUCCCGGGACCCCCCGUGAUGGACGGUGACGCGUCCCGUGCUGGUGCUUCGCUCACACCGGGGUGGGGGGGACACAUGGGGGGAUGUGGGCCCCCCCAUUUUGAUAAUAAAGGGGGGGGCAGCCUGGCUCCCCCACCCAUUUUGUUA